AUGGAGCGAUUGAGGAAAGGAUCAUUACAUACAACUCGUUUGCUCCUUCAUGGUAGGAAAUUAUCCACUUCUGUCAAUAUUAGUAGCAGAAGGGUUGUUGUAACUGGAUUAGGAUUGGUAACGCCUCUUGGUGUAGGAACUGAAAUAGCCUGGAAACGAUUAGUAGAUGGAGCGUGUGGAAUAACUUCAAUCGAUUCUAGCUUAGUAAGAGUUAUUCAUAAAAUGGUUGGUAGAGUACCUAGAGGAGAAGACAGUUAUCAAUUUAAAGCAGACGAUUGGAUUGGUCGUGGUGAUAAACUUACAAUGACUGAAGGCAUGAUAUUCGCUAUUGCUGCAGCCCAACAGGCCUUAAAGGAUGCUGAUUGGAUGCCAGAGAAUGAAGAAGAUCGUGAAAGGACGGGUGUCUGUAUCGGCACUGGUAUGGCAGGUUUAGACGAUAUUUCUAAUACCAGUAGCUUAUUAAAUACUCAGGGGUACAGAAAAGUUAGUCCAUACUUUGUACCAAGAAUCCUUAUUAAUAUGGCGGCUGGACAUGUUAGCAUGAAAUUCGGAUUUCAGGGUCCAAAUCAUGCAGUAUCAACUGCUUGUACAACGGGAGCACAUGCCAUUGGUGAUGGUUUUAGGUUCAUUAAAUAUGGAGAUGCUGACGUAAUUGUUGCUGGUGGUUCAGAAGCUUCAAUUUCGCCCCUUUCAAUAGCUGGAUUUUGCCGUGCUCGUGCUUUAUCGACAAAAUACAAUAAUUGUCCAUCAGCUGCUUCAAGACCUUUUGAUAGAGAUAGAGAUGGUUUUGUUAUGGGCGAAGGAGCAGGAAUUUUAGUCUUAGAGGAAUAUUCUCAUGCUAAGAAAAGAAAUGCGAAUAUUUACGCGGAAAUUCUUGGUUACGGCUUAUCUGGUGAUGCCUUUCAUAUAACAUCCGGAAGACCUGAUGGGAAAGGAGCUCUACUUUGCAUGGAAAGGGCAUUGCGGGAAGCUUCCAUAAAUAUUAAUAAAGUUAAAUAUAUCAAUGCGCAUGCAACAUCAACUCCAGUUGGUGAUGCUAUUGAAAAUAAAGCUAUUAAAUCUUUAUUUGGUAGCAACUCUAAAGCUCUUAAAGUAUCAUCAAAUAAAGGAUCUAUAGGUCAUUUGCUUGGAGCUGCUGGUGCGGUUGAAGCCAUCUUUACUAUCUUAGCAAUAAAACAUAGUAUUGCACCCCCAACACUUAAUUUACACAAUCUACAUCCUGAAAAGGAUUUUGAUUUAAAUUAUGUCCCUUUACAAGCACAAGAAUUGACUGCUAAUAAUGAGAGCUUGGUAGCUCUUACAAAUUCUUUCGGAUUUGGCGGAACAAAUGCAUCACUCUGUUUCUCCUCAAUAUAA